CUCAUCAGCCUUGGCCUCUAUUUAAUCUCUUCCCCAUGCUCCCAACCUUCCUCACUUCAGUACAAGUCUUCCUUUGCUUCAUUGUCUUCCUCUCCUAAUUCCCUUUCUCCAUCAGUCCCUCACUGUCACAUCUCCCUCCUCUCUCUCUUCCUAUCUCCAAAAGCCAAACUCCAUUGGCAGCAGAGGCAUCAUGACUUCAGACCAGUAAGCUCGGCAAGUGCUUCAGCCACAAGUUCAAGCUUCUUCCACCUCGCUUCUCGUUCCAACUGCCACUCGGCCAUCUGAAACAACCGUUCAUGGCCGGUCUGACCGAGCAGUACGACUUCCUGUCGCGGCGGUGCGUGUGGGUCAACGGUCCGAUCAUCGUCGGAGCUGGGCCGUCCGGUCUAGCUGUGGGAGCUUGCCUGAGGGAGCAAGAGGUGCCUUUUGUGAUCCUUGAGCGCGCCGACUGCAUUGCCUCCCUCUGGCAGAAGCGCACCUACGACCGCCUCAAGCUCCACCUCCCGAAGCAGUUCUGCCAGCUUCCCAGGCUGCCCUUCCCGGAGGACUACCCGGAGUACCCUUCCCGGAAGCAGUUCAUAGACUACUUGGAGUCGUACGCGAAGCACUUCGAGCUCAGCCCCCGGUUCAACCAGUCGGUGCAGUCGGCGAAGUACGACGAGACGAGCGGACUAUGGAGGGUGAGGGCCGCCGGUGCUUGCGCUGAGCCCGGAAACGUGAGCGCCGACGUGGAGUACAUUGGCCGAUGGCUCGUGGUGGCCACCGGCGAGAAUGCGGAGAAGGUGGUCCCCGAGCUGGAGGGGCUGGAGGAGUUCGGCGGCGACGUUAAGCACGUCUGCGACUACAAGUCCGGCGAGGCCUACCGGGGGAAGCGCGUCCUUGUGGUCGGCUGCGGCAACUCCGGCAUGGAGGUCUCGCUCGACCUGUGUGACCAUGACGCCUCCCCGUCCAUGGUAAUCCGCGACUCGGUUCAUGUGCUGCCCAGGGAAGUGCUGGGGAAGUCGACGUUCGAGUUAGCGAUCCUGCUGAUGAAGUGGCUGCCGCUGUGGCUGGCGGACAAGAUUCUCCUGGUGUUGGCAUGGCUGGUGCUUGGCAACGUCGAAAGGUUCGGCCUGAGGAGGCCUUCCGCUGGUCCUCUGGAGCUCAAGAACACGCAGGGGAAGACUCCGGUUCUGGACAUCGGCGCACUCGGCAAAAUAAGGUCAGGUGACAUCAACGUGGUGCCCGGAAUCAAGAGGCUGUCGCCGGGAAAGGUCGAGCUCGUCGACGGCCGGCUUCUCGACGUGGAUUCGAUCAUUUUGGCCACCGGAUACCGCAGCAACGUCCCUCAAUGGCUUCAGGGAUGCGAUUUCUUCGCCAAGGAUGGAGUGCCAAAGUCUCCCUUCCCUAAUGGGUGGAAAGGGAAGUCUGGGCUCUAUGCUGUUGGCUUCACAAGGAGAGGGCUCUCUGGUGCCUCCUCAGAUGCAGUGAGGACAGCCAUGGACAUUGGCAGGUUGUGGGGAGAGGAAACAAACGUAGCGCAGAGGAUCUUUGCCUGCCAUAGGAGAUGAUGAUCAAUCACACAGAGAUAGUAACAACACUCCUUUCAUGGUUCUGCUACUGGCUGUAGAUAGUGUAAAGAAGACCAUAAGAGUGCACCAAACCCUCUGUCAAUGGAGCCCAAGUUUUGAGACAUGGAUGGGAGUGAUGCAAAUAGAACAGUUGAUGUUGAUGAGGCUUUCCUUUUUAUUUUCACCUGCACUUUUGGCUGCUUUGUACAACAUUUCAAUGAGGACAGUAUCAUUUUUCAUGCUUCA